CUCUCCUUACUGUUCCAUCCCUUCAGCCUGCACACAUACCCACAGUACUGACGCGGCCCUCCGGUCAGAAACUGCUGUGAUUUCAGACACACAAAACAUCUGAACUGAGCAGUAUACAAGCGCAGAAUCACCACGCGGUCAUCGUCUAUGAAACGAGAGCGAGCACGCGCCGCACACAGGAGAGCAAAUGUGAGGGAAUAUAUCUGCAGACUACAGCUGCCACACUGAUGACAGAGCAAGAGGGAAGUCAGUUAGCCAGCUAACCAGCCAGAGCUAAACUCGACUACCAGGCAGGUAAAUGUGCAGCGAUCUGAACGGUUCAGCGACAACGUGCAACUCGAGCAUCUGAACGGAGCCGGACAUCCACUACAGACAGCAUUUCACAGACUGCACAGCCAUGAGGAGGGUGACAUUGCGCUGUGUUGCCCGGCUCGUAUUCGCAGCUUUGUGGCUGUUGGUGGAGGUGUGUCGCGCAGAGACCGGGGCCCCGAGUCUGGCCGAGAGAGUCAUCUGGGCUGUCAACGCCGGCGGGGACGCGCACACAGACGUGCACGGCAUUCAUUAUAAAAAAGAUCCACUGGAAGGAAAGUUGGGGAAAGCAUCAGACUACGGUAUCCGUCUUCCUAUCCUGCGCUCCAGCCCGGAGGAUCAGGUUCUUUACCAGACAGAGCGAUACAACGAGGAUACAUUUGGUUAUGAAAUACCUAUAAGAGAAGAAGGAGACUACAUACUGGUCAUGAAAUAUGCUGAGGUUUACUUUGCUCAGUCUCAACAAAAGGUUUUUGAUGUACGCUUAAAUGGCCACGUUGUGGUGAAGGAUCUAGAUAUCUUUGACCGUGUGGGUCACAGCACGGCUCAUGAUGAAAUAGUGCCAUUCUCAAUAAAAAGAGGAAAACUAAGUGUGCAUGGUGAAGUUUCCACUUUUAAUGGGAAACUCAGCGUAGAGUUUGUUAAGGGUUACUAUGACAACCCUAAGAUAUGUGCACUAUAUGUGAUGAAGGGCAAGCUAGAGGAUGUGCCCAAGCUGCAGCCACAUCCUGGACUGGAAAAGAGAGAGGAAGAGGAGGAGGAAGAAGAUGACGGCGAGGGGGGAGAAAGCGAAAAGAAGAGCGCCUCCACCGCUCCCAAGAACCCGGUUCGAUCCGGGCCACGCACCCCCAACCCGUACGCCACUGAUAACAGCAGCCUGAUGUUCCCUAUACUUGUGGCAUUCGGGGUCUUCAUCCCAACCCUCUUCUGCCUCUGCCGCCUGUGAGGGGAACACGUGAACGAGAGGGAGAGAGAGGAGAAGCGACGGACAUCAGGCUGUGGAGGGGUGGGGGGACUGGGCCGCACAGCCGUGGGGACAGGCAGAAAUAUAGACUGACGUUACAACACAUAGGGAGAGCAAAAGGUGGGCGAGAGACAUGCAGAAUUGAGGAGGUUUCAGAUAUUGCUGGUUCUUGAAAUUGGUGACCUGGAAAAUACAAGGAUUUUGAGCAUGAGUUCAUUUUAUGUGUGUGUGUUUGUACUUGUGUUCGUACACAUUUAAUAGCAAUUUUAGUUUGAGGAGAUCCGAGAGGUUCUGAUUGAAUGCACUUACACACACAUCUGCGGCAGGACUAACCACUUCACAAACCUGGUUUGUCCUGUCUAGCAGGAGAUAUUGAGGAAGAGCUGAAGACACACCUAGAUCACGUGUCCCAACUCAUGGGAAGGUAUUGGCUAGGAGUAUUUUUCUGAUCGCGUUGAUCUGCUGAUUUUUGGCCUCUAGUGGGAGGCAGAAAUGGUACAUGAAUUUCAGAACCCGUUUGACAGUUCAUUUGGUUAAAGCAUCUAAAUCUCAGUGGCAAAUCAUAAAGUGUUUUGUUGUAUUAAGUGAUUUGAGACCUCGGUUUCUAUUUACCUCACGAUUUAUUUCCCUCACACUCAUAGAAGCUACUAUCAUUCAUUUCCCGCAGCUUCUUUCAUUUCUUUCUUUGGUUUAAAAAGCAUAAAUAUUCAAAUUUGUCUGGUGACCUGCUUUCUCAUUCUUUAAUUGCAUAUUUUCAUACCAUAGCAACAUGUCUUUGAAUCUCUAACUGCACAAGGGAGAUAUAAAUAAUUUUUCCCCCCAUUUACUGGGACUUUAAGUCUGCAUGUGAUCUAUCUUUAAAAAAAAAAAUCUUUUGAAAGAGUGCAUUAAUGUUUCUGUUUAGGAGGGAACAUGAGUUAACAAAAAGGCUCUUUAAUACACUGGCCUUUGAGUCCCAGAAACAAGAUUGUAUUGCACUGAAGUUUCAAAUACCCUUAAUUUCUCCACUUUCAUUGGUACAUGGAUGUGUCUGGGAUAGCAUUCUAUUGGUUAAUCUAAGUAAUGCCGUCUUAAUUAACAUUGUAAGGGCUCGAUCACCUAUUACUAAGGAUAGUUGCUCAGUCAGCAUGCUCUUGUCAUGACAUUUUGCCAUGUUUCCUUUUGAUUUGACCGUACAGGCCGUUUUUAACAAUACCACCAAAGAUUCUUAGAUUUGUGUCACACACAAUACCACCAGCAUGCAUGUGGUGGAAGAAUGAAAGGUGUAGUCCGGUUGAAAAACUGUUUGACAGAUACAUGCUUGCCAUAUACUGUGAAGUAUGGAUGCAGAAGAGUGAAUUUUGUACUCAAGGUGGAAAAUUUCAGUGCUGUCGCUUAGCUUGGAACUUUGUUGUUGCAUAAGUUGAACAUUUGCAUUCCACCUUAUCCAUCUUUUUCUCAGCAUGUUCUGUAACCGUUAUACUAUUUGUUGUCUCUGUAUUUUUCCUCUCUCUUUCCUUUCUUUUUCUCUUUAUUUGCUCCUUGAAUUGCUACUUUGUUUCGUUCAAGAAAGCCUGCCUUAAAAUGUGAUUUAGUGUGCUAUCAAGAGACCACCUCUCACACUGAUGAAACAUCAGACCACAAUUGAGUAUUCAUGCCACUGUGCUGUCUGACGUGCGAGUGCUGCAUGUCAGUUUGUCCCCGUCUUUGUGAACUUAUUUUGGCCUUUACCUUCUCGAAGGAGUUAGAUGAUAAGGCAGGUUUUGCCUUUCUCUGUUUUUUUUUUUUAUUAUUAUUUUUUUUAAAUAGAAAACAAUCAUAAAAACAUUGUGGCACCUUUUUCAUUUAUCAGAGUUGCAGAAAGUUGAUUGCUUAUUGUCGCCAAAGUCGUUUUCUUUUACACGGUGCAUGUGUAUAUAAGGUACUUGGUUUGUUGUGCCAUACGGUUAUUUUUCUCUUUAGAAUAUUGUUCUUUUUUGUUUGUGUAAUUGUUAUUGGGGAGGCUGGGUUUUUUAAUAUCUUGCCUAGUGGAGGAGUGGCCUUGAAAAUAGUUUUGGUUGUGGAUGUGGUCUAGAAAUGACGGUGAUUUGAUUUGCAGACACAUUGACCAUUUGUCAGUAAGAGCUCGGAUCGUAUUGAGUUUAGUUCAUUUACAGUUGGGGUUUUAUGUUGUGUAAUUUAAGCAAAAGGAAAUGGGUUGAAUCUUAAAAAUAUUGAAAGACUUUAUUUUCCAGAAGUAGUUGUUUUAUUUCCUCAGGAUCUCUUGAAUGAUUUUUUUUUUUAUGAGUCUUUUACUAGUGUGAAUUAUUGCACUGCCUGGUGUUGUUUUAAAAGCAUUUUGUUUGUUUGUGUGAUUUUUUUCUUCUUCUUCUUCUUCGUUUUUGUUAUACAUUGUGUGAUUUUGAUUCCUUGUUGCCUUAAAUUUAAAUACAUCCUCGUGCUUUACCAUUUUGUGCUCUCUAAUCUUUAUUUUCACAGUAUAGGUUGAUUUAUUGCAUGAUUGUUGAGUUUUUCAUUGUUUUGUCAUCUGAAAAACAGUUGUGUUUAGUUUGUCCUGCACAAAUGCACAACUUUUGGACAAUAGCCAAAGACCACAUGGAGGCCUUUCAUUGUGUCCUCCUUCAUAAAGAGCUCAUGUGUAUUGCUCCAUGCCACAUAAACUGCUGCGUCUACGAGGGAUGUAGUUUCUCUGUUAAUGUUAGUCGUGUUCAGCUACCUGUCCCCUCCUCCUUCAGAACUGUAGAGAACAUGGGAACUGGUGAAAUAGUAUUGGAACGGUUAGUACCCACACUGUCUUUAGAGAAGGUCUCUGAAGUGGGAACUGCAAACUGAUGCUGUUUCUUUUUAAUAAAUGUGCUAUUUUAUCUAA